CAGUUUACAAAAAUAAACAAAAACAGUAAAGCGUACUAUUAUUCCCUUCCAUUUAAUUCAAGCGGGACGUUAGGUGUAAAAAAAACCCAUAAAACGACACCGUAUCCAAAGAGCCAACGAAACCAUAAUUAUCAUCACAAUUUCAGUUUUGACACACUAUCCAUUUCCUUUAUAAAAAAAAUCCAACUCAACAACAAAAAACUAUCACCAUUUUACCGAAUCAAAAACUAGAUUCACAUUCUUUCAACAGAUUCACUCACGCUACAACGAUCCAGAAGGUGAGAAUUCAAACAUGGCGACGACAACCGCGGAUCCGACGCCGUUAAUCGGAACUUCAUCCGAUGAGUCAAACUCCGGACGGAGAAUUCUCCGUGCGCCGAGUCUCCGUCAAGCGGCGCGGUUCCUACGACAAGCGAGUGGGCGGAGGUUGAUGCGCGAGCCGUCGAUGAUGGUGAGGGAAACAGCUGCGGAGCAAUUGGAAGAGAGACAGAGCGAUUGGGCUUAUUCGAAGCCGGUGGUGAUCCUUGACAUUCUCUGGAACUUGUCGUUCAUUAUUGUGGCCGCUACUGUGUUGAUUUUGAGUCGGAAUGAAUCUCCCACUACGCCUCUUAGGCUGUGGAUUUUAGGGUAUGCGCUACAGUGUGUUCUUCAUACUCUGUGUGUUUGUUUUGAGUAUCGGAGAAGGAUUAGGAUGCGGGAACAGUCCAACAGUAGCGGUGGUACCGCGGUUGGGAGUGGUGGCAGUGGGGAUUCGAGCUUUGGACAGUAUGUGAAUGCGGCGCAGUAUGGGGAUGAUGGUUCUACCAGUAGUUUGCCAAAGCAUUUGGAAUCAGCCAACACAAUGUUUUCUUUUAUUUGGUGGGUCAUUGGAUUCUAUUGGGUAUCAGCGGAUGGUCAAGAUUUGAUCAAUGAAUCUCCUAUGCUUUACUGGUUAUGUAUUGUCUUCUUGGGGUUUGAUGUUUUUUUUGUCGUUUUCUGUAUUGCGCUGGCAUGCAUCAUUGGUCUUGCUGUUUGCUGCUGUCUUCCGUGUAUUAUUGCGCUUCUGUAUGCCGUUGCAGACCAGGAAGGGGCAACAAAAGAAGACAUUGAACAGUUGUCAAAAUUCAAAUUCCAAAGAAAAGGUAAUGAGAAGCUUGCUGGUAAUACACAAGGACCUGUUGGAGGAAUAAUGACUGAAUGUCGAGCUGAUUCCCCAAUUGAACACGUGCUUGCUGAUGAGGAUGCGGAAUGUUGCAUCUGUCUUUCUGCCUAUGAAGAUGGUGUUGAACUAAGACAACUUCCUUGUGGUCACCAUUUUCACUGUGGCUGUGUGGACAAAUGGCUGCACAUUAAUGCGACUUGCCCCCUCUGCAAGUAUGACAUUUUGAAAAGUAGCAGCUAUCAAGAGCAAGUGUAGGAAAUGCCUAGAAAAGUUUCUAGGAGCCCUGUUGGGGAAUUUGUAUGCUCUUGGUUGGCAGUAUAAUAGGCACAGCGUGUUAAUAUACUUCAGUACAGGUCUCUUAGUUGUUGCUGCUGCAGCUUUGUGUUUGUUUAUCUCAUAGUGAUAGUUAUAUUAUUCUUCGUUAUGGCGGCUUUUAACUCGUUGUGUAUAUCAGGCAAUAAUUAUCUUGAGGCAAUUAAUAUUUUUAUCGCCUUCA